ACUUAAAGCAAAAGAAAAUGUUACCAAGUCUCAGCAAAAACAAGAACAACGACACAAUGCAAAAAUGAAAGAAACUCACAUAUUCAAAAUUGAAGAACAAGUCUUACUUUAUAAAGUCAUCUGA